AAAGAAUUGUUCAUUGCUAUGUCAAUAUCAAUCGACACGUAACCUUACUCUGAAUCAUUCAUCUCCUCAAAUACAGCACCCUCCCGGCUCAUUCCUCUCUAACACCAGGCAAAAAGGUAGGUAUGAAACGGUCCAGGAACGAAUACAUAAAAAAAAACCAUCAUCCAAUAGCCAAAAUUCAACAAUCAACUUCUUCGCCCAUCCGUCACUACAGCCGGCGCAGGCUCAGCGGGAUACUCGGGCGGCCUGUUCCCAGCUUCGAGAUCCCGCAGUUCCAGAGGAUCCUGCGUCUCCUUUUUACCAUCGUAUGGCGGCGGUGCCUGUCCCAAUUCAUUGAGUCCUUCUUCAGACCUGGUACCAUUCCAUGGCGAUCGGCGAUUUCCCGUUCUUCUUCCACCGCGAAGGCCGGUAUAUACUGGAGCUCCAGUAUUCUGGCCGGGCCAUUGGUUCCUACGACGGCGGCGACGUCGUCUCACUUGGACGAUGGUGGCGGUUAGACCGAGAACUAAGAUGACGAAGAGAGGAAUGAGAACCCAGGCAAAGGGUUGUGCACCAAAUGAGAAGCCGGUAUUGUUGUCGUUAUUGUCGUUUGUUGCCAUCACAAUAGCAGGUAUGUCGUUAGAGUGUAUAAAUCAUCGGAUGUCUCAGACAAGAUCUGAAUGUGAUCGAUUCUCAAAUGGAUUUGUAUGUAAAGGACUUCUUUAUUCUUGUUAUUUAGUUUGUGAGACGUCAAGAAUCAAGGAUCAUCA